AUGACCAAAACAAAAGUGAUCUUCAAGGUGAAGCAAGGACAAGAGCCAUGGAUGCUGAAGGGAGAGAGUUCACACUGGAGCUGUCCAGCAUACAAGGAAAAAAAAACCUUUGAAUGCAAUGACUGUGGGAAAGCCUUUAACAGUAAGGGACACCUGGCAGUUCACCAAAAAAUUCAUAGUGGAGAGAGACCCUUUGUGUUCAGUGAUUGUGGGAAAGCAUUUAUGCAUAAAGCACAACUCAUGGUCCACCAGAGACUUCACAGUGGAGAGAAGCCUUAUGAAUGCAGUCAGUGCAGGAAAUCAUUCACUUGGAACACCUCUUUUACUCAACAUGUGAAAUCUCAUACACUUGAGAACUUAUUUGAAUGUAAGGUAUGUGGGAAAACCUUCAAGUGCAGUUCAUCUCUUUAUAAACAUUCUAGGUUUCAUACAGGAGAAAAACCAUAUAGAUGUAGAGAAUGUGGCAAAGCCUUUGCAGACUCAUCAGUGCUUGUCAUGCAUCAGAGAAUUCAUACAGGUGAGAAACCCCAUGGGUGUACUGAAUGUGGCAAAGCCUUCAUCAAGAAGUCACAUCUCCUUAAACAUUACUUAACCCAUGCAGCAGAGCAACAAAACAAAUGCAACAUAUAUGGGAAAUCUUUUAACAAGAAGACACAUCUCAUUCUCCAUCAAAGAAGUCAUAAAAACAUGGAAGCUUUGUGAAUGUGGGAAAACUUAAAAUUAGCCUUUUAAUAAAGCAGUAAAGAAUUCAUCAUGAGAAAAACCCUGACAGUUGAAUAAAU